AUGGCUGAAGAUAACAAGGAGGUGGAAGGCACCGAUGAGGCAUCUCUUAGACCGGUAUCAUCUCUGCUUUCGCAUUUCGAGCAUCUUUCAUAUUCUAAGGACACGCCGGCUGGAUCCGGAACCAAUGGCGAGCAUGCAUACCAACAGAGAUUGAAUGAGCCAGAAACUACGAAACCACUCGUUCGAGCAUCUCUCGACUUGCCCCGCCCUCUUUCGCCUUGGGCCGUUGCUGAUCGAUCGCAAAAUGGCACAGCGUCUGCUUCUGAUUUAAAAAUCCCAAGACGAAGCGACACCAGCCGUGAGAGAUCCCCUGCGUCUCGAGGACACUUUCGUCUUAAAUCCAUGAACGUCAAACCCACACCGGCAAUAACACCGACUUUGACAGUUGAUUCGCCUCGUUCUCCUCCGCGUGGCACUGAUGGGCUCAGUAACGGGCACUUUCAUUCUUUGAGUCGAGGAGACCUUGAUCUGAGGGAAAUUGCAAGACCACGACAACGCAGUCCUCCUGGCGCACUAGGCGCAAGGAGCUCAAGGUCGCCUACGGCGAGUCCAGUCGGUACCCCUCAGAUAUCUCGCUCGCGUUCUCCCAAUGGCACAAAAAAGAGCACUUCUGUGCCACCACCCGUUGCGAGAGCAGAAAAGCCGAAGAUCCCUGCCAAACCGGCAAACAUCUCCCAUUUAGACGUCCACCACCUAGCGCCAACGCCGAGUCCAAAGCCUUCUCCCGUAAUUCAUGACCAUGUUUCGCCAUUCAGCACCCCUCCGGGCAGUCCAGAGAAGACCCUACCUAAGGGAGACAUACAACAACGAAAACCGCCCAACAUUCUACAAUCAUCCUCCACGACACCUGAGCCACUUACUUUACUGACAUCUGUUGAUAUAAAUCUUCGUCCAUCUAUAAUUACAUCAAAUUCUACAGAUGCGAGAGAGCUCGGGUUUACGAGGCGGACGGCAACCGCUUCACCGACGGGCCAUUCUAGGUCACCAAGCCAAGCUGUUUCAACCAUUCGCGAUCUCAAAAAGUCGGACCAAGCAGAUUCAAAUAAGUCCGCAGAAAGUAGUCACACCGAGAUUCGCCCUGCUUUACCACCUCGCGAUGGCCUUCCAGGACGGCAGUCUCGAAGUAUCGGAGCAAAUGAUUCGAAGAAUCCUGACCUUCCCCCAAGGCCGUCUGUCGAUUUGGCCUCACGAUCAACCAGGAUCUCCAGCUCACAUCGUCUUUCGAUGCUUGAAACGAAUACACAUUUUGCCCCCCCGCCUCGCAGGCAGGCUUCUAUCGUCAGUGGCAAGUCUGGGUCACGCACGCCGCAAACACCAAAAAUCCGGCAAGUUUCCUCACACAGCACAGACAACGCCAUGUUGAAUCAGUCAUCGCGCAACGACGCCAACGAUUCAGAAGACGAAGGUUAUCCAGAACAGACACCGGUUUCACGAACAGACUACCCCGACUCUUCCCAAGUCAACCGUCGCCCUCCGGUUAUCAAAACGGGUCCUCUUUCGAUUCCAACCCGAUAUGACACGCGUGAGUUUGACGUGUGUGGUAAACACGUCUGCACCACCGGCUAUCUGACGCGUGCCUGGGAUCUUACUACAGGGGAGCAGAAACUGAGCAUUAGCCAUGGAGAGACUGUGAAAGCCCACUCUGUCGCUUUCAAGCCGGGAACCGGGCUCGGAGAUGAAGGAACCCGCCUGUGGGUUGGCACUAGUAUUGGAGAACUACAUGAGAUAGAUAUUGAAACGCAAUCAAUCGUGACCUCGCGACUAUAUCCCUCAAGGCGUGAGGUUAUCAAAAUAUACCGCCACAAGAAAGAAAUGUGGACUCUGGAUGACGAAGGAAACUUAUUGGUCUGGCCACCAGAUGAAACGGGUGUCCCGAAUCUUCAAUACAGCUAUGACCAUCCACAGGACCGAGUUGCCAAGGGGCAUACAUUCUCAAUGGUAGUGGGAGACGAUCUCUGGCUCGCCACCGGCAAGGAAGUACGAGUCUACCGGCCAAAUGCUCAAGGUGAUGCGUUCCAUGUUUUGAGGAAGCCGUUAGGGGCCAAUCAUUCCGGCGAAGUAACUGCAGGAGCCCAUACUACCAAGAACGGAGGACGGGUUUAUCUGGGUCAUGCGGAUGGAAAGGUCACAGUGUACUCCUCCAUUGAUUUUAGUUGUUUGGCCUCGGUGAAUGUCAGUGUCUACAAGAUCAACUCGCUGGCGAUGGUUGGGGACUACCUAUGGGCCGCGUACAAGACUGGAAUGGUUUACGUGUAUGACGUUUCAACUAAUCCCUGGAUCGUCAAGAAGGACUGGCAUGCCCACGGCAGUCCUGUCUGUGGACUUGUACUUGAUCCAAGUUCACUGUGGGUUAUGAACCGUCUUCAAGUUGUUUCACUUGGAACGGAUAAUUUCUUACGAUUGUGGGAUGGCAUGUUGGAAGAUGACUGGUUGGAAACACGCAUGCAAAGCAAAGAUGUCGAGUAUUGUAAUUUCAGGGAGAUACGAGCUGCUAUUGUGACUUGGAAUGCUGGGGCUUCUGUGCCACGUGACUUGCAUCAUAGUGGCUUUAUUCAAGAUGCAAUUCAUCCUGAGCAGCCUCCAGAGAUAUUAGUGUUUGGAUUCCAGGAAUUGGUAGAUUUGGAGGACAAGAAAAUUACGGCUAAAAGCUUACUUAUGGGAAGCAAAAAGAAGGAUAAUAACGAAAAAGAGCACAUGAGCCGGCAGUACCGGGUGUGGCGAGACCAUUUAGCGGCUUGCAUCAAUGAUGCAAUGCCUCUUGAAGAAUCAUACGUGCUUCUUCAUUCUGCCAAUCUCGUGGGACUAUUCACGUGUGUCUUUAUCAAACAGAGGGAGCGCGAAAGAGUCCGCAACAUCAGCGGCGCAGAAGUCAAGCGUGGAAUGGGCGGUCUGCAUGGCAAUAAGGGGGCACUAAUAUUCCGGUUUGUGCUUGAUGAUAGCUCAUUGUGUUUUAUCAACUGCCAUUUGGCGGCUGGCCAGACACACACAGCGCACCGGAAUAAUGACAUCGCAGCGAUCCUCGAGACAGAGUCUCUCCCUGCCGAACAUAGCAUUGAUACCCGCACUGAUCUCUUUGUGAACGGUGGAGACGGAACCAUGAUCCUGGAUCACGAAAUAUGCAUACUCAAUGGGGAUCUCAAUUACCGAAUUGACUCGAUGUCUCGCAACGUCGUUAUUGACGCAGUACGGCAGAAUAACCUACCUAAACUGCUUGAACGGGAUCAACUGCUUGCAUCUAAACGGAAGAACCCAAGCUUUCGGCUCCGGACAUUCAAUGAAGCGCCGAUCACGUUUCCACCCACCUACAAAUACGAUGUCAACUCAGAUGAAUACGAUACAAGUGACAAGAAGCGAUCCCCUGCAUGGUGUGAUAGGGUUUUAUAUCGUGGAGUUGGCAAGAUCAAGCAGACGGAAUAUCGACGACAUGAAGUACGAGCAUCUGAUCAUCGACCAGUCAGCGCGUCGUUCAAAAUGCGCAUCAAAAGCAUAUUGCCAAAGGAAAGGGCAGCUGCUUGGGAGACGUGCCAAAAAGAGUUUUCGAAGGAGAAGAAAAGGCUGGCGUGUGAUUCUAGUGUUGAGUAUCUGGUCAACGUCUUUGGCAUGAGCCGUGAACAGGCUCGGAAAGUUAUCGUAUCUGGCGGCUCGUCGAAAUAA